UAUUCAGAGUUACCAGUGAGGAUGACAACAAUUAGCCUCAUACAACAGUCAUAGGUUUCUUUGCGGUUUGUGUUUUUUAGAUCUUCACAUCAGGUUAGACGACAGUAACAUCACAAACACAAAGCCCACUGUGCAGCUGCUUUCUUGUGCACUUCUUAGAAUCACUUCAGAAAAAUAAAACUUUCUUCUCUGUUUUUGAAGCCAGAGGAGAGAUGCACAUACUACUUCAGGAUGUUUACAUUAAGUCAUGAGUGAGAUCUUAAUGCAGUGACUCUCAUAGAGGAAAAAUAACUGUUAUCAGUGGAGGGAGGAAAAUAAUGCCACCAGGACGGGGUCAUAUGAUGCAUGAGGGUAAUUUCUCUGCAGGCACAAACUUGGGAGUUGAGGAGUCUCUUGAACAACAUGUGAUGAGCAGCAUUUAGAACAAGGGCACUUGUAUGCGUCACGGAGUGUGUGUAAUGUGGAGAAAGAGAUGAUCUUGGGCCAUCUUAUUUGUUUGUUUUUGUCUAGUAUAAGUUUGUUGUUGUUGUUUUUAAAUAAAAAAAGUUCUUCAACAAAAGUAAAAUAAAAAACCAAAAGAAAUGGUAAGUAUAUACAAUAGUAAGUAUUUUUAAAAAUGACUUAAUUUCUUAUGAAAAUAACUCAGUCAAAACAUUUGAAGUUCCUUUUUAUCAGGGUGGCUCACAGGGUUGCAGAAAAGUUUUGGGAGGACACUGUUUUAUGUUUCCAUAACACCAUAAAUGACGCUCAAGUGUGCAAAGUCUGAACGGGCACCUGUUAAAUGAAUGUCAGCUCCUUGCUGCUGGUAGAGAGUAAGUGUGAAGAAUGGCCUCUAGGCUCUCUACUGUACUGUUACCCAUGUAACAAGGCCAAGGCUUUCAGGAGCCCUGGCUCAAAGGUUUUUUUUCCCUCAGGGUUGUAGACGUAAAGGAAACUGAAGGAGAUUAGUAGGUUAAAAACACUGAAAGAGGAGGCACUGCUGCUGGAAGGUUUUUUCAUACUUCGUCAUACUUCACAUCUUUAUCAGUCUGAUCGUUGUGGGGGCCCUCCGUGAUCUACAGAGACAGGUGCAGGCGAGGGGUUGAAAGACCACACCCAGAAGCAUAAUUUUCCACAGAGCAGCUAGAGAUUAAGGGCAACAUGGCAGCCCCCUUUGUUUCCUACGUAAAAUGGAAGGAGAGUGUUGAGAGCUGGUCCAGGUGUUUAACACGUGUCGCGUCCGAACUUUCCAGGCUGGGCAGGCAAGUGAGACACUGAACUGCUGUGCAGAGCUGACCCACAGGAAGAAGCAGGGCGGACAGACAAGUGAACAGCAGCAGGAAGUGAAGGAGCAAGGAAGUUCCAGCCCAGGCUCUGCACAGUUGGUCAUCGCCUCUUCUGCUCUAUAGACUAAACAGCCAUACAAGGAUAGCUUAAAGUUUGGGCCUUUAAGACGACGUUAGUUGAGCAUUUUUGUGGAAUUUCUCCUUGGUAAAAUAUCCGGACGUACAGCAGUUUUUAAAAGUCUACACAGGACAUCAGCUGGCUUCCCUCCAGCAUUGUAUGAUGUCUGUUAUUCACAAGCUAGCAGGAAGGCUGUUUCAUCGAGCUGGACCCUGUCUAGGGGACAUAGGCAGUGGAGAAGGCAGACAUGACCGACCACAGGAGGAGCUAGAGGCUUGCAACUGGAUGAAGGAGUUUCUUGCCAAAGCCAAAGAAGAUUUUCUGAAAAAAUGGGAGAAUCCAGCACAGCAAACUGCGGCGUUGGAUCACUUCGAGCGUUUGAAGACUUUAGGCACUGGCUCGUUUGGUCGAGUCAUGUUGGUGAAACACAAAGAGUCUGGUCAGCAUUACGCCAUGAAAAUACUUGACAAACAGAAGGUAGUGAAGCUGAAGCAGAUAGAGCACACACUGAAUGAGAAGCGUAUCCUCCAAGCCGUCAGCUUUCCAUUUCUGGUGCGACUGGAGCACUCUUUUAAGGACAACAGCAAUCUGUAUAUGAUAAUGGAGUACGUGCCUGGGGGUGAAAUGUUCUCACACUUAAGGAGGAUCGGUAGAUUCAGUGAACCACACGCCCGCUUCUACGCAGCCCAGAUUGUACUGACCUUCGAAUACCUUCACUCGCUGGAUCUCAUCUACCGAGAUCUGAAGCCAGAGAACCUGCUCAUUGACCAGCAAGGUUACAUACAGGUAACAGAUUUUGGGUUUGCAAAAAGGGUGAAAGGCCGAACCUGGACACUUUGCGGGACUCCCGAGUACCUGGCGCCAGAAAUCAUCCUCAGUAAAGGUUACAACAAAGCUGUGGACUGGUGGGCUUUGGGAGUACUGAUAUACGAGAUGGCUGCUGGUUACCCACCCUUCUUUGCAGACCAGCCUAUUCAGAUUUACGAGAAGAUUGUAUCAGGGAAGGUUCGCUUUCCUUCCCACUUCAGCUCAGACCUGAAAGAUCUGUUGAGAAAUUUGCUGCAAGUGGACCUGACCAAGCGCUUUGGCAAUCUCAGGAAUGGAGUCAAUGAUAUCAAGGGCCACAAGUGGUUUGCCACCACCGACUGGAUUGCCAUCUACCAGAGGAAGGUGGAAGCUCCCUUUAUUCCUAAGUGCAAAGGCCCUGGUGAUACAAGCAACUUUGAUGACUACGACGAAGAAGAAAUCAGAGUCUCCUUCACAGAGAAGUGUGCAAAGGAGUUUGCUGAGUUCUAGAUACCAACCACGAGUAGUGAUAUUAUGAGAGAGAGGCAGGGAUUUAGAAAGUUAAAGGGGGCUGAGGACAGAAAGCACUGAAGUGGACUGAUAACUUGCUUAUAUGUGAUGAGGAAAACGAUGUAAAAUCCACCCCCCAAAUGGAAAGACAGAGGCAAAGUGAUAAAAGAUCCAACAGAACCAGCAGUGUUGCCUUUUUGAUUGUUUCUCAACUGUUACCUUUACACUUUAUUUAUCCCUCUUGUGUUUUGUGCCAGGGGCUUGACAAGAACAGGCAUAGGUUGUGGCUGUUCAGCUAGAUUUGUUUCUUUCUGAUGGUGUAAAUGACAUGUUUUCAGUCUCUGCAGGUUGAGGCAUUGAUUUUUCUGUUAAGGUACUGAAUCUGCUAAAGCUCCUUUUUUUUUUUUUUUUCUCUCCCCUCCCCGAGCGGGCCCUCUCUUCAAGCUUCUCUAAGAGUGAUCGUUGUAUCUUGUCUCCUCCCCACCCCCAGUCUCCUCUCCACCUCUCCAUCCCGAAUCUGUCCAAGCAAUACCAAGUCCAACAGCAGUGCCUAUCAUAAUGCCAACUGGUUGGAAAACUGUGUCGAAAGCGUUGGUGCAGAGCUUUGGCUACGGUGGCCCUCGUGCCCGUUUUGGUUGAAAGCUUGAAAAACUCUCUGCACCUGCCUUUGUCUGCUCAAUGUGGCAUGAUUAUUGGGUAGAUGAUGCACUCUGCUGCUUGCCGCUGAAGCAGCGGCGACCUCUUUGAUCAGAGUGAAAAUGAUUUAUCACAGUAAACUUCACUGCGGUCCUGCUCGUUUAGGGACCCGCGGGAAGUAAACAUGAGGUCUGCAUUUAAGUCUGUCUUUCUCUUAGCUGAAUUUAUUAGAGCAUUUUAAAAGGAAAAAAAAUCCUAUCGGUGAUCAUUUUGUCCUUUUUAUGUCAAUCUCUGUGCUUGUGUGUUAUUUAGUGCUCACGGGUGGGUUUAAAAAGCUGUGAUUUAGCAGCAGCUAACAUUGUGGUCACACUCCUGACUAUUGUUUAUUUAAUUCAUAGUACAUUUAUACAUGUAUAUUGAUAUAUAUAUAAAUAUAAGAUAGAGAACAUGAAAUAUCCAUCUUUUUUCAACAUAUGUCUAUGUCUCAUAGCUGUGAAACUGACUUUAAGAUUUUAUAAAUAAACAAAUAUUAUAUAAAUUCUGCCAAAUUUGCAAACUGAGAACAAUGCAGUUUCCUGUAUGUGACUCUGAUGGUGGUGGAUUUUAAUACGCAAAACAGUAGCAAAACGUUUCAACAUGUGCAUGUUAUUUUUGUACAAUAUCACUUUUAAAGAAAGACGGCAGAGCUUUGUGCGUUACUCGUGCCGAGGUACCUGAGAUCACGAAUAAUGUUUAAUAUUAAAAAGGACAGUCAGUGCUCUAUUGGAAGAUGGAUUGGGAACAAGACCCAGUUAAAUGUGUCAAAGUUCUUCUGGGUUUGGGUCAUUAUUCAGUUGUAGGGCAGCAGAUUGCAGAUAAUUGUCACCGGGGUUGUGCUUCUCCUCUUCCCUGACAUUUUUGCCCCACCCCUCCCCUUUUUGUAAUUCUCCGUACAUGCAACACCUUCAUAGAUUUACAGUCCAACCAAUUUUUUAUUUUAAUUUUUUUUUUUUUUUUUUGAACUGUUGGGUUUGGGAGUGUCUUGUUUCUUUUCUUUUUCCAGAUUUCUCUGUAACAAAUUAAAACCAAGGAAGCAAACCUAAAGCAUUUUUUUUGUUUGUUUUGCCAAGUUUCUUUACAUGGAUGCAAGACAAUCGCAGACCAAAUCUUAUUGCUGGUUUGUUGACUGAACACAAUGUUUUGGUUCAUUGAAGGACUUAACGCUGUCGCCCACCUGCCAUCCAUACAUAGGCCUUAGGUGCUAGACCUUGUCCAUCUCACUGAAAAGUUUCUGUGAACUGUUUGAUGUGCAUCAAGCACUUUGUCAUACAGUCGUGUAACGUGACAUGUUUAGAAUGUUUUGGGGGGUUUUUGGCUCCAGUUGAUUUCAGUAGGCUUGAGUGAUCAUUUUUGGCAGUGUCUUAAUACGAUUGAGAGCAAUCGCAGGAUGCUUUUUUUUUUUUUUUUUUUUUUUUUUUUUGAGAGAAUGUCUUGGAAUGGAGAAGUUUCAGUGCUGUUUGGAAACCUGAUGUGUGUGGGGUUUUUUUUCUUUUUCUUUUUCUUUUUUUAAAUACAUUUUGUUGGCAGGCUUGGUUUUUCUUGCACGUGGUAAAGCAGCCCAAUGAGAAAACUUCCCUCUGGGCCUUAGACAUGUUUGAAAAAGCAUUGUUUCCACAGCUAACGGUCUAGUUGCUGUUUAACCUUUUUUCGGGGGAUUUGUUUGAGCAUCACACUAAACAGUAAAGUGGAUCACUAACCAAGCUGUCCAGCCUUUUGAACACAGUGAAGCACAGGCCACACAGUUCAUUUGUGCUAAAUAUGUGAGUCCUUUAAUACACACUGUAAUGUUUUGAAGAGGGCACAUGUAAUGCCUUUCUACCCAGCGAUGACUAAACCAUCAACUGGUAGAAGGCAACGCCACUUGAUCCACUUCAGACACCGAAGCAUCACACUUUUUUUCUUUCCAAUACAAGACGUAUUGUCACUUUUCUAUCAGCUAUCAACUGCUCUGUGCUACUUAAGGUUUUUUUUUUUUUUUUUUCUCCCGUCUGCCUUCUCUUUUCAUCAAGUUUCCACACACUUCUUUCAAACAUAACACUUUUUACAUCUGAGAUGUUUUGCGUUCAUAUUUUCUAAUUGUAUUUUCAGAAAAAGAGAGAAAAAGAAGCAAAAACAACAUUAAUCUUUCUCCUCAUGACCUGGGUACAGUGAUUGUGUAGUCUAUUGUACCUUUUGGGAAACAAUACUGUAUAUCCUUGCCUUCGACAGUCUUAACUAUCUUACCCUCUUCUGGAGAACUUGACAGAUACCCUUAGAACACAAUGAGUAUGUUAAAAAUAUAUAUACAUAAAGUAAUAUUUUGCAAAAUGUAUCAUUCCAAUAAAGUUUUACUUGUUAAGACUAAUAUGUCUGGGUUAUAUGUAAACUUUCUCUUCACUUCGCAGAAGGCAGUUGUAGGGUAACAGCUGGAUAAGACAAAUAUACAUGUCGGUAGGUGAUGGCAGAUGCUGUAUUUCCACCGUCCUGUCUGUUAUUGUGAAUGCUUUAAGAGAAUAGAAGGCGCAAUUGAAUAAUGCAGUGUUGUGUUCAUCCUGUCACAGUAUGGUGUCAGUUACCAACCAGCUCCCAGCACCCCUUUUCCAAAUGUAACCCCACCCUCAGUGCACUCUUUUUAUUUUUUUUCUUCCCCCUCUGUCUUUCCUUCUCCUCACUUGCAUCUAUCUGCAUAAGUCAUACAGUUGUAUGCAAAAGGGUUUGGCACCCUGCGGCGAAUUGCAUAUUUUUGUUGAUUUUUGAACUGAAGACCAAUAAAUGCGACUCCUGCAGCAAA